GAAGAAAACCGAAGAAAAGCCAAACGAUGAGUUUCCACAAAGAGGACGGAGUAAGCAGCCUGUGCCAAAAGGCGCUGCACAUCGUCACGGAGCUGUGCUUCGCAGGCCAGGUGGAGUGGGAGAAGUGCUCGGGCAUCUUUCCCCCGGACAGGGGCAGCCAGGGCGGAGGCAGCACAGAUAUUUCAGUCAGCCUGUUAGCAGUUGUUGUCAGCUUCUGUGGCCUGGCCUUGCUAGUUGUCUCACUUUUUGUCUUUUGGAAGUUGUGCUGGCCAUGCUGGAAAAGCAAACCUGUGACUCCCAACGUCAGUACACUUCCACAGAGCGUUUCAAAUGCUCCUACUGAAGUUUUUGAGACAGAAGAGAAAAAAGAGGUUAAAGAAAAUGGAAAGCCAGCACUAAAAGCUAUUGAGCCUGCAAUAAAAAUCAGCCACACGUCCCCUGAUAUUCCAGCAGAAGUUCAAACUGCUUUAAAAGAACAUUUAAUUAAACAUGCACGUGUGCAAAGACAAACUACUGAGCCUACAUCUUCAUCCCGCCACAAUUCCUUCAGGAGACACCUACCAAGGCAAAUGCAGGUGUCCAGUGUUGAUUACAGCAUGGGCACUGAACCUGUUUUACAAAGAGGAGAAACAACCACCAGCAUUGGGAGGAUAAAACCAGAGCUGUACAAACAGAAGUCAGUUGACUCCGAGGGCAACAGAAAAGAAGAUGUCAAAACCUGUGGGAAACUUAACUUUACCCUCCAGUAUGAUUAUGAAAAUGAACUUCUAGUUGUUAAAAUUAUCAAAGCCCUAGAUCUUCCUGCUAAAGACUUCACAGGAACAUCUGACCCUUAUGUGAAGAUGUAUCUUCUUCCAGAUAGGAAAAAGAAAUUCCAGACCCGUGUACACAGAAAAACUUUAAAUCCUCUGUUUGAUGAAACUUUUCAAUUUCCAGUAGCAUAUGAUCAACUAAGCAACCGAAAACUCCACUUCAGUGUAUAUGAUUUUGACAGAUUUUCUAGACAUGACAUGAUUGGAGAAGUGAUUCUUGAUAACUUGUUUGAAGUCUCUGAUCUCUCCAGGGAAGCCACAGUCUGGAAAGAUAUUCAUUGUGCUACCACAGAAAGUAUAGACCUGGGUGAAAUCAUGUUUUCCCUUUGUUAUUUGCCCACCGCUGGUCGUAUGACAUUGACAGUCAUCAAGUGCAGAAAUCUGAAGGCAAUGGAUAUCACUGGCUCAUCAGAUCCGUAUGUCAAAGUAUCAUUGAUGUGUGAGGGUCGAAGACUGAAAAAGAGAAAAACAACUACAAAGAAAAACACUCUAAACCCUGUGUACAAUGAGGCCAUUAUUUUUGACAUCCCUCCAGAGAACGUGGACCAGGUCAGCCUCUCCAUUGCAGUCAUGGAUUAUGAUAGGGUGGGACACAACGAGGUCAUAGGAGUGUGUAGAACAGGACUGGACGCUGAGGGUCUUGGGCGAGACCACUGGAAUGAAAUGCUGGCCUAUCACCGAAAACCAAUAACACAUUGGCAUCCCUUGUUAGAGCUACCUGGCCGGGCAACCAGUUUUGAUAGUCAAGGAUCCUGUUCUUCUCCCAAACCACCUUCCACACCGUAAUGCCUCCAAAAUAAGACCUUUAUGAUAAGGACCUAGGAUCAUAUGCUUAUUGGAUCAG